AUGGCCUCCUCCGCCAAACCUCCACUCGAUGAAUCCCGUCGCACGACGGGAUCGCCGAAAAUGAAGACUCGAGAGAACGCGAAAGAUACAUUAUGUCGCAAUGUAACCAUCUAUGGACGAUGCCGCUAUGAGGACAAAGGUUGCGCUUUCAACCAUGACCCUCUCAGACUCAACGCUGCGAAUCAGUCCGAUAGUAACAAGAAACGAUUCAACGUGGACUCGCCCAGCUUCACCCCAUCCCUCCUGUCUGGCAACGGCAACUCCGCCCCCAAGAAAUCCAAUCCCAUCUCCCCGAAGGCUGCGAAUGCAGCUCCAUUCCAACCCCGCCCUGCGGCAUCGCGCUCCAACACAAGUACCCCAACAAUGAUGCAGGAAGCAGGAACCCCCGACUGGACGUUGGCCGAAGUGCAGGAGUUUGUGCCUCAAGGUUUCGAGAGCGCUCACGUGGGAUCUUUUCAGGGCAAUGGUAAUGGUGCCAUUGCUACCACUGGUGGCUUCGAUCCUUUUGUCACCUCAACCCCGAUGUCUGCAACUGCAGUUGGACCCGUUGCGGCCAACCCGUACUCUCACGAUACGGCCGCCGCAAUGGGAGGAGCCUUUUUCGCUAGUCAGACUGGCUUUCAGCAACCGGUCCAGUAUCAUCUAUACGCUCCAAUUGGCCCUCACAAUCAGAACACUCUGGGCUAUCAGCGCAAUGUCCACGACCUCUUUCUUCCUAAUGACUUCCGCGAGGAACUGCAGAAGAAGGCUGCAGCUACCUUGCAAACCCUGCCCAACACAACAUUACCCGCCCAGGUCGACUAUUUCCACUCUCUAGUCCCGUUGGACCUCAGCCAUCAGAAGAAUGCUGCUACAUUCGGCUUUCCCAGCUGGGUAUAUAAGGCACAAUCGAGUAAAGAUGGAAAUUUCUAUGCUCUUCGAAGACUUGAAGGAUUCCGCUUGACCAACGAGAAGGCCAUCCGAUCCGUCCAAGCGUGGAAGCGCGUGUGCAGUGGAAGCGUAGUCACCGUCCAUGACGCAUUUACUAGCCGAAGCUUCCAGGACAGCUCGCUCAUUUUCGUCACCGACUACCAUCCUCUCUCCAAAACCCUGGCUGAGCAGCAUUUGGGUGCUGGAAACCGCUUCCAGGGCGCCCGUCACAAUACCCACAUACCUGAGCAGGUUCUCUGGGGCUACAUGACUCAGAUUGCAAAUGCUUUGAAGGCGAUCCACACUAACGGUCUUGCAGCAAGAGUGCUGGAGCCGAGUAAAGUCUUGUUGACGGGCAAGAAUCGAAUCCGUCUCAGUGCCUGUUCAAUUUUGGACGUGGUCCAAUUUGACUCUCAGCGGACCGUUGCGGACCUCCAGCGGCAGGAUCUAGUCAACUUCGGACAAUUGAUCGUCGCUCUGGGGGCCAACUCGCCCACCGUGAUGCACAACCCUACUAAAGCCAUGGAGCAUUUCACUCGCGCGUACAGCCCUCAGUUGAAGAACUCCGUCUUCUGGCUUCUCAACGGCCUCCAGAAAGACGCGGACCGGACCAUCGACAUCUUCAUUACGGGCAUCUCGUCGCAGCUGAUGUCAACCUUUGAUUCGGCGCUCCAUCUGGACGACCAACUCACAUCCGAUCUCGGCCGUGAGCUCGAGAACGGUCGCCUUGUGCGUCUUAUGACUAAAUUGAAUUUUGUCAACGAGCGACCUGAGUACGAACAUGACCGGCAGUGGUCCGAGAGCGGAGAGCGCUAUUUCUUGAAGAUCUUCCGCGACUACGUCUUCCACCAGGUGGACCCCCAGGGCGAGCCAGUGGUCGACCUCGGACACGUCCUGGCAUGUUUGAACAAGCUAGAUGCCGGUUCCGACGAGAAAGUCACUUUGGUGAGCCGUGACGAGCAGAGCUGCUUUAUCGUCAGCUACAAGGAAAUCAAGAAGGCCCUCGAGUCCUCUUUCCAGGCACUGAUGAAGCCGACGAGAAGAAUGCACUAG